AUGUACGUCAAAAUUGGAGAUCUUCAUUCGGGCCUCAAAGUGUUUGAGGAAAUGCCCCAGAGGAAUGUGGUGUCCUGGUCUGCUGUGAUGGCCGGUUGCGUCCAAAAUGGCUGUGCUUCGGAGGCUCUUUGGUUAUUCAGCCGUAUGCAACAGGAGGGGGUUACAAAACCAAAUGAGUUCACAUUUGUUAGUGCUCUCCAGGCCUGCUCUUUAACUGAGACCGAGAAUGUGACUCUAGCUUACCAAAUUUAUUCAUUAGUUGUGCGGUCAGGACAUAUGUCUAAUAUCUUCUUACUCAAUGCCUUUUUGACAGCCCUAGUCAGGAAUGGCAGAUUGGCGGAAGCCUUUCAAGUUUUUCAGACAAGUCCAGGCAAGGACAUUGUGUCAUGGAAUACCAUGAUAGGGGGUUACUUGCAGUUUUCUUGUGGCCAGAUUCCUGAAUUUUGGUGUUGCAUGAACCGUGAGGGUAUGAAACCUGAUAACUUCACAUUUGCUACCUCCCUCACUGGGUUGGCUGCUCUGUCUCAUCUUCAAAUGGGAACUCAAGUUCAUGCACACCUUGUCAAAAGUGGUUAUGGGGAUGACCUUUGUGUGGGGAACUCACUGGCUGAUAUGUAUAUAAAAAAUCAUAGGUUGGACGAGGCUUUCAGAGCUUUUGAUGAGAUGACUAACAAAGAUGUGUGCUCUUGGUCCCAGAUGGCUGCCGGAUGUUUACACUGCGGGGAACCAAGAAAGGCACUUGCAGUCAUUGCACAGAUGAAGAAGAUGGGUGUAAAGCCAAACAAAUUUACCUUGGCAACUGCUCUAAAUGCUUGUGCGAGUUUGGCUUCACUAGAGGAAGGGAAACAGUUUCAUGGCUUGAGGAUCAAACUUGAAGGGGACAUAGACAUAGAUGUCUGUGUAGAUAAUGCACUUCUGGAUAUGUAUGCAAAAUGUGGAUGUAUGGAUAGUGCAUGGGGUCUUUUUCGAUCAAUGAACUGCUGCCGUUCUGUCAUCUCAUGGACAACAAUGAUAAUGGCAUGUGCACAGAAUGGUCAAUCCAGAGAAGCUCUUCAAAUUUUUGAUGAAAUGAGGGAGACGAGUGUAGUGCCAAAUCACAUCACCUACGUGUGUGUUCUUUAUGCAUGUAGUCAAGGUGGGUUUGUUGAUGAAGGGUGGAAGUACUUUUCCUCUAUGACUAAAGACUGUGGAAUCUUCCCUGGAGAAGAUCACUAUGCUUGUAUGGUGAAUAUUCUUGGCAGGGCUGGACUUAUUAAAGAAGCUAAGGAGUUAAUCCUAAGAAUGCCGUUUCAGCCGGGUGCGCUAGUUUGGCAAACAUUGCUCAGUGCUUGUCAGCUUCACGGGGAUGUGGAAACUGGGAAACUUGCAGCAGAACGUGCCAUACGACGAGACCAAAAAGACCCGUCAACCUAUUUGUUAUUGUCUAACAUGUUUGCUGAAUUUAGCAAUUGGGAUGGCGUGGUGAUUCUGAGGGAACUAAUGGAGACAAGGGAUGUACAGAAAUUACCAGGAUCCAGUUGGAUUGAAAUCGAAAAGAUUUAA